AUGCUACAAGAAUAUGAAUGCCCGCGCAACUCACGCUCCUAUCGCGAAUCCUGGUGCCCAACAGCCGUGCGCCUACGCCCGCAUCGGCGCAACAAAGCGGUGGUCGCCGAUCGCGGCGUAGCUCUGUUCAUCUGGAUCGCCCACCCCAACCUUCAUCCGCUCACAUCUCUGAUCGCUUCAAGACCUGGGAGGAGCAGCAAGCUACCCAUCGAAAAGCGUCCCUCUCGCCCUCUAGCUCUUUCCUGGGCCGCAGUCGUGAAGUCGAUGAGGCAGCGCCACGAUCCAAGAGCCUUUCUCAACGACCCUCCACGGCUCCAGCCCGGCAGCCCGGCUUUGAUGACGGCUUCAACUCCCCCUUUGAUGCCUACAACCCUCGGGUCUGUGCAUGCAACCGAUUCCCUUCCCCAUGUCUCAAACGCAAUGGCCACUGAUUGCGUUUGCCCCAUGCUGCAGCCGGUGCUCCCGGCCACCGCCUCCAAGUUGUCAGCCGUCCUCCAACAUCAUAAGAAGAGCAACAACCCCUAUGCGCAAGAGUUUGCGCAGUUUCGUGGCGUUUCGCCAGAUCCGCGCCACACCAAGACCUUCAAAGUCUGGUUCCCCUUUUGCACAUCAACCGAAUUACCCAUUGACAUCAAGGUUACUGCCAAGAGCCAAGUCCGCGACGUCAUUGGCUAUGCCCUCUACAUGUAUCGGGAAGAAGCUGGUCGCCAGCCCGCUCUUACGGAGCCGCCGGAAGCUUUUGAGCUCCGCGUAGGCGAAGACGAUGGAUCUCCAGACAUGGAUUUGCCAGCCUUUGCAAUGCGUGAUACCGUCAACAAGUUUGGUUUUGAUCACGUGUGCCUUUGUCGCCUCAAGUCAUACGAGGCCGACGCCCAAGAGUCAAAGGUCUUCCUCCGUGUCUCAUCCGAUACAGGCGAUACCAUCCUUGAGCGCGAGUCAGACACCAUGACUGUGGCCGACAUUUUACAGCGGACUCUCAAGCGUCGUGCCCUUCGCUAUGGCGAAUACGUGCUUGAGCUCAAGGGUACGAACUAG